AUGGCAGCCAAAUUUGAAAGUCAACUGCAUCAUCAGGUAGCCGAUGACCAUCCUCGUACCGUCCGCAUAGUUUUAUGCGACAAACUUAUUGAUUACUAUUUGUUGAAAGUGCUCGGCUCGGCGGCGGCGCAUGCGGCGAUAGAGGCGCGCGGCGGCAUGCCGGGCGGCCGCCGGGGGCUCGUCGCCCCGCAGAACACCUUCCUCGAGAACAUCAUCCGCCGUUCUUCGUCGCAGCCAGACAGCAGCUUCCUGCUGGCGAACGCCCAGAUCGUCGACUACCCGAUCGUGUACUGCAACGAAACGUUCUGUAAGAUGAGCGGCUACAACCGCGCGGAGGUGAUGCAGAAAUCGUGCCGCUGCACGUGGAUGUACGGCGAGCUCUCAGAGAAGGAAGCAAUAGACCGAGUGGAUCGAGCGCUCGAUCACCACCUCGCUGACCAGUUCGAAAUACUUCUGUACAAAAAGAACCGCACUCCACUAUGGUUGCUGGUGCAUGUGGCUCCUAUCCGCAAUGAACGCGAGCUGGUGGUUCUGUUCCUGCUCACCUUCCGCGACAUCACAGCGCUCAAGCAGCCUAUCGACGCUGACGACCCCAAGGGAGGUCUGUCCAAGUUCGCCAAGCUAGCGCGAUCAGUGACGCGCUCGCGCUCGGUGCUGGUGUCGGCGCUGCCCGCGCUCAAGGAGCCGCAGCGGCAGAGCCACCUGGCGCAUGUGAUGUCCCUGUCGGGCGACGUGCUACCGCAGUACCGCCAGGAAGCUCCGAAAACGCCGCCCCACAUCCUUCUGCACUACUGCGCCUUCAAAGCCAUCUGGGACUGGAUCAUCCUCUGUCUCACCUUCUAUACUGCCAUCAUGGUACCCUACAACGUUGCCUUCAAGAACAAGACAAGCGAAGACGUGUCGCUACUCGUCAUUGACUCUAUAGUGGACGUGAUCUUCUUCAUCGACAUCGUGCUCAACUUCCACACGACGUUCGUGGGGCCGGGUGGAGAAGUGGUGAGCGACCCCAAAGUGAUCCGCAAGAACUAUUUCAAGUCGUGGUUCCUCAUAGACUUGCUGUCCUGCCUACCCUACGACGUGUUCAACGCAUUCGACCACGACGAGGAUGGCAUCGGCAGCCUGUUCAGCGCGCUCAAGGUGGUGCGCCUGCUGCGGCUGGGCCGGGUGGUGCGCAAGCUCGACCGGUACCUGGAGUACGGCGCCGCCAUGCUUAUCCUGCUGCUCUGCUUCUACAUGCUCGUUGCGCACUGGCUCGCGUGCGUGUGGUACAGCAUCGGACGCUCCGACGCCGAUUCAGGCCUGCAGUACUCAUGGCUGUGGAAGCUAGCCAACGUCACACAGAGCCCGUACUCGUAUGUGUGGUCCAACGAGUCGGACGGGCCUGAACUCGUGAACGGGCCUUCACGCAAGACCAUGUACGUGACCGCGCUCUACUUCACCAUGACCUGCAUGACCUCCGUGGGCUUCGGCAACGUCGCCGCCGAGACCGAUAACGAGAAGAUCUUCACCAUCUGCAUGAUGAUUGUGGCAGCUCUGCUGUACGCGACCAUAUUCGGCCACGUUACCACCAUCAUUCAACAAAUGACGUCGGCCACCGCCAAGUACCACGACAUGCUGAACAACGUGCGCGAAUUUAUGAAGCUGCACGAGGUGCCCAAGGCGUUGAGCGAGCGCGUCAUGGAUUACGUCGUGUCCACCUGGGCCAUGACCAAGGGGCUCGACACCGACAAGGUGCUCAACUACUGCCCGAAAGAUAUGAAGGCAGAUAUUUGCGUUCACCUCAACCGGAAAGUGUUCAACGAGCACCCGGCGUUUCGCCUCGCGUCCGACGGGUGUCUGCGAGCGCUCGCUAUGCACUUCCAGAUGUCGCAUUCGGCGCCCGGUGAUCUGCUCUACCACACGGGCGAAUCCAUCGAUUCGUUGUGCUUCAUCGUGACCGGCAGCCUGGAGGUCAUCCAGGACGACGAAGUCGUCGCCAUUCUAGGCAAAGGGGACGUGUUCGGCGACUCGUUCUGGAAGGACAGCGCGGUCGGGCAGUCGGCGGCCAACGUCCGCGCGCUCACCUACUGCGACCUUCACACGAUCAAACGGGACCGAUUGCUCGAGGUCCUAGACUUCUACCAGGCUUUUGCCAAUAGUUUCGCACGCAACCUCACUCUCACAUACAACCUGCGUCACCGGCUAAUCUUCCGCAAGGUGGCGGACGUGCGACGCGAACGAGAGCUGAUGGAACGGCGAAAGCGGGAGCCGCAACUCGAACAGGCGCAGGACCACCUCGUACGCAAGAUCUUUUCUCGUUUCCGCCGUGAACGAAGUGUAGCCGCAGCGCCAGGCCCGGCGCCGGCCCGCGCCGCCCCCGCGCCCGCCAACAGCGCGGCGACGAGCGCCACCGCCGCAGUCGGCGCGACUGACGCCGAGCGCGGAGAUGGAGCGCCCGCCGCCGGCUCUACGGCCUCCGCCGGCCCUCCCGCGGCCCGCGGCAAGUGGGGGCGGCUGUUGGCUACGGGCUCGCUAGACGCGUCCGGCGGCGAGCCUGCGCGCAGUGCCUUUACGCGGAGUCUGAGCGCCCGCGACCGUUCUCUCGUGUCUGGUGCCUCGACGGAAGCGUCGACCGGUUCCGCCCCCGCUCCCACCCCUGUACCCUCCGCCGCCGCACUCAUGUUGAAGGCGUCCUUUGCGAAAGCUCGAUCGGCGAGCGCGCUGAGCGUGACCGGAACGAGUGCGCGACAGGACACGAUCGAGGAGGAACUGGAGGAGCGUCGACCGGUGGCCUUGAACGUACGGGCUCCCUCGCCCGCGCCCGCUCCCCCUCCGGCGCCCGCCCCCGCCCCCGCCCCCGCGCCCGCGCCCUCGCCGCACGAUGCGGCACUAGCCGAGCUGCGACGUGACGUCCGUACCGAAGUGCAGAGGUUACAGCAGAAGCUCGGGCGAGUGGAGGAACUCCUCACGAUGCUAGCGACGCGGCUCGGCGCAGAGCCGGGCGACGCGGGCGCCAGCGCAGCCGCCGGGCCCAACGGGACGAGCGGGGAGGAUGCCCCGCGAGCCUGUACGGCGGAGGCUGCCACCGUCGCUAGAAAACGUCGAUCAAAGGCGCGGAGUAAGGGCGCGGCCCCCACGCCCCCCGCCACGACGCCGGGCGAGGCGCCCACGAGCCCCACGAGCCCGGCGGGGGGCGAGGGGGGCGGUGAGGGGGGCGCGGCGGCGCGGCGCCGCGACUUCGUGUAG